GAAGAGGAGGAGCUGCUGGAGAGGAGGAACCGUUGGAGAGGAGGGGGAGGAGCUGCUGGAGAGGAGGAGGAACCAGAUCUGCUGGAGAGGAGCCACUGAAGAGAAGGAGGGGGAGGAGUGUGUGGAUUGGGGGCUGUUUCUCUCUCUCUCUUUCUCCCCUCUUACCUGUUGGCGCCAACAUGAUUCCAGUUUCCCGCCAAAACUCUGUUUCCCGCCUAAAACAGCUCCCCUGCCUGCCUGGCAAGCUAAGGCGUCCAAAAUGGACUAAGGCAACGCCUCGGACGCCUAGGCAGACGCCUCGGACGCCUUAUAGCUUAAGGCGGACGCCUUAGACACCCACCUAAGGCGAGGUGGACGCCUUGCCCUCGCAGGGCGCCCUGACGCCUAAGCGUCGCCUAGGCGACGCCUUAGGGACGCCUUGAAAACAGAGGCCCGGUGCAUCUUUUUAUUUACACUAUAGAAAUAGAGACGUUAAAAUUUCAUGUUGGGUUUUGAAUCAGGGUCGUUAGAAAAUAACCAACCAACGCCGACCAUUAUUAGCCUACUUAUGUACUCCUCUGUUCACUAUCAUAAGAUGUUCUAAUUUUUUCUGAAUCGGAUGUACAUAGAUGCAUUUUAGUGUGUUUGUUAACUCCUUUCAGUCUGUAUGUGGUCCAUAUUGAAAUAUCCAAAACAUCUUAUAAUAGUGAACAGAGGGACUAUUAUAUAUGCAGUUACUGUAAUCUGUGAUCACUGUUUCUGCAAAGUUUAUGUGAUAAAACUGUCGGUGCAUAAAUCAGGUCCGCAGCAUGAAGAGAGCAAGAGACAUUCGAGAUCAACUGGAGGGACUUAUGGAGAGAGUUGAGAUUGAGGUCUGUUCAAAUGCCAGUGACUUGGAUGCUAUUAAAAAGGCUAUAACAUCCGGUUUCUUCCACCAUUCUGCACGGUUGCAGAAGAAUGGUUCAUAUAGAACUGUCAAGAACCCUCAGACGGUCUUUAUCCACCCUAGUUCAGGAUUAGCACAGCUACUUCCUCGUUGGGUAAUAUACCACGAACUAGUUCUCACGACAAAAGAGUACAUGCGCCAGGUGACGGAACUGAAGCCCGAAUGGCUGGUGGAAAUUGCUCCGCACUACUACCAACUAAAAGAUGUGGACGACGCUGGUUCAAAGAAGCUGCCCAAGGGCCAAGGACGAGCUGCAUUGUAGACUGCCUGGACUCAUGAAGCCAGCGUUUGGACAGAUUAGAUGUUGCGUAAACAGUUUAGUUUCGAAUAUCGGAUCGGGAUCCCUUUUCUACCUUCUCUUAGAUUACAUUAUAUCACUCACCAGGUCCUGUCAACAUGACCCACCGUUCUUGUACAAGUUUGUGGGUGUGGGUAGAGCUGUAGACAGUUUGGCACAACCCAGCGUUGAUGCCGGGACCCUCAGUCCUUCGUCAUGCUGGUUAUCAAACAAACAUACAUUGGCUACCAC